GACCUUGACCAAAGACCUGGACUUCUCAUCAAUUUUAUAAGGCUGCGGUCCAGAACCAUAGCUCUGUUAUUUUCUAUACUCUUGAAAUCAUCACUCACCUUUUCUCAAAUAUCAUCGAUUUGAGCUGCGCUCUUAAAUCCCUUUGUUUACCUUGCACGAGGUCACCACUUGCAAUCGGUCGCAUUCCGCGAGUGAUUCUCUGUUUUUCACUACACAUCUUCAACACCUUAUAAUUCUUGCAAGCUCGAUAAAACUCGGUAUAAUCUGCUUUUCGGUAUCAAGAUGCGACAUUUGCAUACUUUUUUGCCGAUUCUGAUCCUCUGCCUAUGUUCUUUUUUGAGCAUGGCAGAUGGAUCAGGAUGGGGUGUAAGCGUCAACAUUCUCACUCUUACAUCGUAUACUACCGUCUCACCAACGCCUAUUGUUGUAACAUCCUCAGAAUUUGUGACGCCAGCUGGUGAUAUUCCUGUUACCUUGACCUCUGAAUUGAUCGUUAUUUAUACAAGCUAUCCAACAAAUGGGUCUCCAUUUAGGGAAACUGGAACGAUAUUGAUAUACCCUACAUACCCUGCGUCCGCUGCUGCAACUGUUGCCACAUUAUCAACCAGCACCCUCAGCGAGCCAAUCCCGCAGACUACAGAUAGCUCAGGCAAUAUUGAGACAGAUAGCUCAAGCAUCAUCGAAACUAGUAGCUCAAGCACUAUUGACAAAAGUACUGUGCCAACAACAUCUUCCACUCUGUCGGCGACUGCGACAACUAAGCCAAGCAUUAUACCGACCUUUUCCCAAACAUCGACCUCGGCAAUGGCAACGGGCACAACGGUAUUGACUCCGCCAAACAAUAAUGCCCGCAAGUCGAUUCCAAUUGUGGCAAUUAUAGUUCCUGUCAUUAUCGGCGCCAUCCUCGCUAUCGCUGCACUUGUUUUGAUUUUAUGGUGGUUACGCCGAAGAAAUUUGAAGAAGAAAGGUCAUAACGCGUCGAACUCCACGGUGUUAAGACAAGGAAAUGUUUAUGAUCGAUAUAAUCAAUGCAGGAACACAGGAAAUAGAGUUUCAUGCCAAGCACGCAAUCCUCAAAAUGAUCGUUUAAGUGUCUUAGACAAGUUGGGCUUGACGGACAAAAAGUUGUGGCCAUCUUGGCCUUUCGGCGACAAGAUGACCUUGGGCACUCAUUCCAUCAAACAAGCUAUCAUGGGAACCACAGUGCCAGUUUCUUCAACACCACCACGGCCGGCAAGAUCUUAUGAGCAUGAGCUGCAAUUUGUCACCAGUCCUCGGCCAGUCGAGCUUCCAGGCAAUUCUAGACUAUCUGAGAAUGAAACUUCGACAGUACACCAAUCACAGACUGAGACAUCCAUCGCCCCACCGAUUCCGGCAAAGUCCCCAGAUAGAGACCUCAAGCUACAUGGAAGAAAUGCCACUGGAAAUGCCUCAUCUGGGUCAGAACCUUCAAACAUCAGAAAGAGCAUCGAUAAAUCAACAUUGCCAAGAUUGUCAAAUUAUGAUGGCCAUCUGUCGAAUCAAAGUUCUGGACUUCACGGAGCAGUCGCAUCACCUUCUACGCCAACUACAGCGUGGCCACAUGGCAGCAACCCGCACGUUCUCGCACCCGCGCUUCCCCAGGUCCAGAACGACUCGGUUACAACACCAGAAGAGGCAUGGGUAGAACCACCAUCACGAUUCUCCACUCCCUCAAACAGCUCUACUUCACCCAAUGCAACUUCAAAUGGAAGCGCCAACACCAGUCCAAAGCAAUGGGUCGAGCCAACUUCCGAUGCUGCUACUGGAAACAGAAGCCGUGCAUAUAAUGCCAUCCCGCAUUCCCCGGUAGAAGCCGAUGCUCUGCGUACUGUCGCAGAGCGCGACAACACCUUGGCACUACUCGAAGGUCGACAAAAGGCCCACGCAACUGCAAGCAUCUCCGGUAUCUUUAACGGAAAUGAACAUCUGAGACUCUACAACGAAGCCGUGAAGAGAGCUAGGAGAAGAAGCGUAGAUAGAAGAGGAGAACUCGAAACCAGGUUUCCAUUUGCGAGAGCACCCGUACCAGGCACGGUUACAGAUGCUACCCAUGACGUCUCUUAUACUCAAACGGAGGCGGGAACUUCAAUUCAACGUGUUGACAAAGACAGUGACUUUGGAGGAUGGAUGUGAAAUAUUCGCGAGCGUAAUGAUAACGAAGUCAUGACUACAUGAUCACUGCUGUGAAGCAUUAAAGGCGUUGGUGGAUUCAAACAAAAUCACCUCUCAUGGAGCUCUUACUGACACUUCUUUAUCCUUUCUUUUGUAUCUACUUUCUUUGUUCCUGGAUCACUUGAAGGUUGAUGAGAAAUUGAAGGACGGUGGCCUUAGUAAGUGAAUGGAUUGAUGAAUUGAUGGACUUGAGGAAUAACAUGGGAUGAUGGACAGAGGAAGCUCUUUGUAAUGUAGGAGAGAAAGCUAAUCACAGAAGCAAAUCUCCUCUCUCUUUCAUCUUCAGAAUUUCUAAAAGCUUGAAUAAUGAUGAGACAAAAUCGGAUUUCCUUAGUGUAGAUUUACAAUUGAUAGAAAUCAGAAUCAAAAGUAUUACA